UCAUUUGCGCCCUCGUUCACGCUGGGCACGGAUAAUCGGGGAUGUGCCGGUUACCCUUUUCGCACCCCUAUUCGGCACAGUGGUUAUCACUUUGUCCAAUCGUUCACCAAAUUGUUUAUUAUUUGGUUGUAAUACGUUUUGUUUUAAAUAAAAAUUACUAUUUUUUGUUUGUUUAUCAUCGGGUAAUUAUAAAACGUAAAUAUGCUUUAUAAACACUUCAGUAUGUUAGUCCGUGCUGAAUCUCGUUAUGCCGCCUGUGUGUACACGAUUUGACAGUAAAGUGACGAUGUGUUUUGACUCGGCAACUACGAAAGCACCAGCCGAGGGAGCAUAGAGAGAAAAAAAAUACACACUCACUGCAUUGAACAAAUUAGAAAAUCUGCACCAUGUCGCAACAGCAACCGCCGAAAAAGAAAGCUACCAAGGGCAACAAACAGAUCGUGGAGGAAAAUGUGGCCACGGUUAAGUUUUACCGCAACAUGUCGCUCAUUGCCACCGCGGUGCAGUUCCUUGGGUUUGCCGUGUAUGCGGAGCUGUCCACACUGGCAGUGGUCAUGACUGUCCUGUGCGUCGUAGCGCAUGUGGCCAGCUAUUACUUUAUGGCGUUGAUCAGCAAACCAAAACUUACCGAAAAGGGAGACAUCAUCGAGACGGGUACGGACCUCAACAUUGAGGGAGGCAUCACGGAACACGUGAAAGAUAUCGUGAUCCUGACGGCCGGUACGCAGCUUGUUUCCAUGCUGUCGGAAUUCUUCUGGCUGCUGAUGCUGCUGCUCCCGAUUCGGGCCGGCUGGCUGCUGUGGCAAACGGUGGGAAAACAGUUCUUCCAGGGCGAUCCGGCAGAAGAGGCUCCUGUCAAUGAGAAGAAGCAAAAGAAGCUAAUGCGAAAGAUGAACCGAGCGCGGCAGUGACAUUAAUCGUGACAUGAUGGUAGGAGGCUGUUGCAGCGGUCUCUAACAGCCACAUCGCAGCAGUGUCCAUUCAUUGUAAGGAAAUCAACACCAUCUUCAACCAGCAAACCAUUCACCGGAAGAAGGCUCACGUGGUGCUGGUCCACAACACUGGAGCAGUGUGUGUGUGUAUUCAUCGUCUUACUGUUAAGCGCGACCUCUUGUUUUAUGUUGAGUGUGGUUUUUUGUUUUAUUUAGACUGAAUAUAAAUAAUUUUCAUGCUUUGCUCUGA